AUGGACAAAAACAGCAAAGACUGGUUGAAGACGAAGAUAAGGACUGUAUCUUCAAAGCAUUGUCUGGAACUGGACAGUAGGACCAAAACAGGGCCUCUGAGCCAGAAUGGGGCCAUGUAUGGAAGUGAGUUCCGAGUCGUCAUCAAGUGGACACGGCGAGACAAGCACCAGGGGGUCUCAAAACCCACCAGAGACCACCAAAGGGACAGAGGGCGUACACGCGUGAGGGUGGGGAGGAGGGAUCCGUGUCCCUGCCCUGGCCGCGCGGCGCCUCUGGCCUCGUGGCCGCGAGGGCAGGUGCGAGUGCGGGGGGCGGCGGCCGGGCCCGCGCGGGGCGGCCUCGCUCGUGGUACCGCCCGCUGCGCCUGUGUGCGGGGAGCCGCAUGGAUGCGCCCGUGUGUCCGUGCGCAUAUGUGCGUGCACAUACGUGUUAACAACUGUCUUCAGCUGGUUAUCCAGACAUCAUCAAUAACAGAUAAAAACAAACCGUUUGAGUUCAGGAUAAAUAAAGAGCAGUCAUCUUUCCACAAUAGACUUCUGCAGCAUGAUCUGGAGAAGAACUAUUCAGGAAGGCAAGAUAACACAAAUUUUGGGAGCAGUUCAUCAAUAACAUCGUUUCCUGUAUUGCAACGUACAACUGAAGAGAAAAUCCUGAACUCUGAUAGGCUUACCCUGGAAAGGCAAAAAUUGACGGUGUGCCCAAUUAUUGAUGGGGAAGAUCAUCUUCGCCUCUUGAAUUUUCAGCAUAACUUUAUAACUCGGAUCCAGAAUAUUUCUAAUCUACAGCAUCUUGUUUUCUUAGAUUUAUAUGAUAAUCAGAUAGAGGAAAUCAGUGGGCUUUCAACUCUAAGAUCUCUGCGAGUCCUUUUGUUGGGGAAGAACAGAUUAAAGAAAAUCUCAAAUCUGGAGAAUUUAAAAAACCUUGAUGUUUUAGAUCUUCAUGGAAAUCAGAUCACUAAGAUAGAAAAUAUCAACCAUUUGGGUGAACUGAGAGUAUUAAACCUUGCCAGAAACCUACUGACCAUUGUAGAAAAUAUUAACGGACUGGAUUCACUCACAGAGCUCAACCUACGUCAUAAUCAAGUCUGUUCUAUAAAAGAUGUGGAUACUUUGCCCUGUCUCCAGCGUUUGUUCCUCAGCUUCAAUAACAUAUCUAGUUUUGAGGAUAUUCUGUGCCUUGCUGAUUCCUCAUCCUUGUCAGAUAUCACCCUUGAUGGCAAUCCAAUAGCUCAGGAGACAUGGUACAAGCACACUGUUCUCCACCAUAUGAUGCAGCUCCGACAGCUAGAUAUGAAGAGAAUCACAGAAGAAGAAAGGCGCAUGGCAUCAGUUGCAGUAAGGAGAGAGGAAGAAAGGAAGCGUGAAAGCCAUAAACAGACUUUGCUUAAGGAAAAGAAACGAUUAACAAUUUGUAAUAUUGCUCAUCAGUGGGAGAUACAGCAGAAUCGAGUAGCCCUUGUGGCUUCGUUGAAUACAGAUAAAGAUAAUGAGCCGUGUCAAAUCAAUGGCAGUGCUGCAUAUGUAUUUCCUGAAGAAAGCAGGUCUCUUGAUACAAUAUUGAGCAGUGCAGUACAAGGCUUGUCUGUUCUGGAGUCUCACUUGGUAGAAGUGGAAGGAGAUACCCUUUACUUGUAUGGUUCUGGAGCACUGGAGUGCCUGGAUCGAAACUGGAGUGUUCAAACAGCUGCAGCUGUUGUCACAGUCUCCUUUAUGUUCAUAGAGUUUGAUGAAAUUGUUCAAGUGUUAACAAAAUUGAAGACCAAAUUUCCUAAUUUUGUGCACCUGAAGUUUAAGGAAACAAAUCUUGCGGCACUGCAGCAAUUCAAUGCAUUAGCCCAGGUGAAUCGCAUUGAACAGUUGACUGUUGACCCUCAGGGAAAUCCAGUCAUCAGCUUCACUUUGUGGAAAUACUAUGUUCUGUUUAGACUGAACCAUUUUAAUCUACAGAAGAUAAAUGGAAUAGAGGUUACUCAAAAUGAUAUUGUAAUGGCUGAAAGGCUCUUUGGCCUUUUGGACUACAUAGCAUCUUCUGAGCUGCCACACUAUCGUAUGCUUUCACUACUUGGAGAAUCUAGGCGGAAACAAUUCCACUAUCUGCUAGAGGGAAAGGGAAAGAAAUCUGGGAUUGGAAAUGAGGAAAGUAAUGAUAACAGAGCUGGAGGAGAAAGCACAGCUCGAGCCACAUUGAAUUACAGCACAAAGGACUUUCAUAUGGAAAAGCUUGAGGAUAUCAAAGAAAGAAGAACGCUUUGCCAGACAUACGUCGAGAACUUAGUGAAAGAAGCUGCUGACAUCAAUAUGAAAAAUGAGUCCUUGCAGAAGCUCUGGCCUCAGAUGUUCAUUGAGCUUGUCAGAGACGCAGUGGUAGAAAUACGCAAUAAAAAUUCCUAUAUGAAACUCUGCUUGCAGCGGAUUGCUGAUCAAAAACAGUAGACUUAAGGCCUGUUGUUUUUGCAAGCGUUUGGUU